UAAAUUAUAAGUGAUGCUGAACUUUCUUUAAGUCAUAUUGUAUGGGUAUGUUAUUAAUAUGUGCUUCAGAAAUUAUAUGAAAUUCUUAGAAACCAGAUAGUCGUGGUAUAAUACUAUCAGCCAAAAUUCUAAUUAUCGUGAAAUAUUAUAUGUUGCAGAAGUAAUACAAUUUCCUUAUCAAUUGCAUUAUUGUGAACUCUCAUCAUAUCUUUAACCAAGUCCAUUUUAAGCUUUGUCAUCUACAAAGAGUCACUUGUUUUACUCUGGUACUUUCUGGAACACUGUGAAAAACAAUUAUAUAAAGUGUGUGGGCCUAUAAGACAAACAACCAAACAAAAAUCGUAAAGUGUUCUUUUAAAAGAUUCAUGGAAAGGACUCUGAUAAGUAUAGGUUUCUGAUAACUUUAAGAUCAUACUACUGGACUGGGUAAGAAUUUCCAGAACUCUAGCAAAGAAGUGGAUUGGUUCAUAAAACUGCCAACCCAACAUGAAGCAGAAUGAGAAUUAAUUGAAUACCAGGGAAAUGCUUUGGCAGAUUUUCAUACUAAGUCAGCCAGUACUGAAAUUGUUAAGAUAUGCAAUUUGAAAGAACACUAUAAUAUUCAUCUGAAUCAAAUUAUCUAUGAUAACCUAUUUAAAUGAACAGCAUCAUGCACCUGAAUUGGAGAAACAAAACUGAUAUUUAAAAUGAUAUAAAUUUAGUGUUAAAUGUGGCCUCAUGGAUCAGACAGCUAUCUGGUCCUUUCUGAGUCCAUAUAGCUGCCAUUAUUGAAAGUUCUGCACUCUAUGACUCAUCACAGAAUAGAUAACAUGAAAUUAUGAAAAAAUAUUGGUGUUAUGACUGUUCUAAAAUUGCUAAAAUGGCUUAUAAUCAAUGUUUGGUUUGUCAAAUCCACAAUUUUUAUAAGAUAAUAAAAACCUCAGUUGGUACAUUUCCACCAUCCACUGGACUAUUUGAACAUUUACAGAUGGAUUGCAUUCAGUUGCCUCAUUGGGAAUCUGCAGGAAACUUAAGUAAAUGCUGGAUAUGUCAUGUUGAACCAAAUACUAAUAUGCUUUUAAAGAUCUUCUAAUUCACCCUAUAGCAGAUUUCACUGAUAUUCCAAGUGUGACUACCUGUUCAAAUUGCACAUCUGGUCUUUCUAUAGGGUUAGGCUUUUUGAGUCACAUAUUCAGAUUUCAUGUUUAAAGCUAACAGUAGACAAAACAUAUAGGAGAGGCUUUACAGUUAAAUUAUUCCAGAAACUGAAUAAUAAAACCAAAAGGAGAGAUAAUUAGACAGUUUGUAGAUGAAUUCAUAACCCUAAUUCUCUAAUUGUUGGUAGCCUCCAUUGAUGAUAAUUAAUAGUGGAGCCUUAGAUAAAUACUACUAUUGCUUCCCCGUUGAUGACCCCUGUAGCACACAGUGUCCCACAGCAAACUGUCUCUUGUGCCCCUCUAGCAUAUAUUUUUAUCUAUGAAGGAUUUAACUCUCAGUCAUAGGCACAGGCAACUCCAUGUCCCAGUCAGUAGGAAAUAAGAAGUCAGUGUGGAUUAGGGACUCUAACAGUACCACUGUCACUCCAUAACCAACUGAAAAUUUGACAUUGUUCUAUACCUCUUAAUUUGCACUGUGGUAUAAAAAGGAACUUUCUAGCAGGUACGAAUCCCUCUAAAUGGGCAUCUUUUUUUCAAAUGCUCCUUCCCUGGCUUGGAAUAAAUGUAAAUGAGGUUAUGAUUAGAAAUCCCCUUCAAAUAUUAGCUACUACAGCUCACUCUACUGCAAAGGCUAUAUAGUUGCCCAGUGAAGUUCUCUAAAUUCUCUUGCUAAAGUUUCUUUAAAUAACAGGAUUGCCUUGAACUAUCUGUUGGUUUGUAGUGGGGCAGGGGGUGUGAUAGGGGACACUGUGUAUAAUAGCUAAUACAUCCUACUGCACUUGCAUAAAGGAAUCUGUUAUAAAGAAAAUGAAAUAAAGGCAUAAAAGUUGGCAAGAAGAAAACCAUCAUUAUGUCUUGAGGAUGAUUGGGGAUACAGAAAAUGAGAAGAAUCCACAAACUAUUAGAAUUACUAAGUUAAUUUAGCAAGGUUGCUCAAUGCACGGUCAGUAUACAAAAUUUAAUUGAAUUUCUACAUAUAUGUAUAUGCCAUAUUGUGUUAGAUUGUUUUGCAUUGCUAUAAGGGAAUACCUGAAGCUGGGUAAUUUAUAAAGAAAAGAGGCUUAUUUGGCUCAUGGUUCUGCAGGCUGUACAAGCAUGGCACUAGCAUCUGUUUGACCUUAGGAAGCCUUUACUCAUAGUGGAAGAAGGGGGAGCAGGCAUGUCAUAUAGUGAGAGAGGGAGUGAGAGGGAGGGAGCAAGAGUGAAGGGGGAGGUCCCAGACUCUCUUUAACCUGAAAUCCUGUGAACAGAGUGAAAACUAACUUAUUACCAUGAAGAGCACACCAAGCCAUUCAUGAGGGAUAUACCUUCAUGACCCAAACACUUUCCACCAGGUCCUACCUUCAACACUGGGGAUCACGUUUCAACAUGAGAUUUGGAGAGGACAGACAUCCAAAUCAUAUCACAUAUAUAAAUAUGUAAAACUAUUUUAAAUGUUUUUAAAAUAUCGAAUAGAAAUAAAUCUCACAAAAUAUGCUUAAGAACUUUAAGCAAAAACCAUAAAAUACUAUUGUGAUAAGUUAAAGAAGACCUAAAUAAAUGGAGAGAUCUGUCAUGCUCAUGGAUUGGAAGAUUCAAUACUGUAAUGAUAUGAAUAGUUCCCAAAUUGUUCUAUAGAUUCAAAACAUUGCCAAUUAAAAUCUCAGUGGACUUUGUUUUUUGAAACUGACAAGCUGAUUCUGCCAUUUAUAAUAAUAUUCAAAGGGGCAAGAAUAACCAAGACACAUUUGAAGAAGAACAAGGAGGAAGAAGAACGUAUUUGAAGAAGAAUAAGGAACUCUAUUAAGUGUAUAUCUCCUAGAUAUUGAGAUACACAUUUGAAAUACAUCUAUCACCUAGAUAUUGAGAUAUAUUAUACAUUUAAUAUAGUGUGUUGCUGGUAUAGGGAUAGACAAAUGAACAUUGGAUCAGAAUAGCACUGAAACAAGAUCUACCCCUAUAUGGGCAUGUCCCUAUUAACAAAAAUUUGUUGAUUAUUUCUGCAAGAUGAUCUGUAAAAAACAAGUUAAUUGAACAUCCAUAUGGGAAAAAAGUGAAUCCUUCUGCUACCUCAAAUAUCAACCCCAGGUAGAUUAUAGAUCUAAAAGUGAAAGGCAAAGCAAUAAAGAUUUUAGAAAAUAACAAAGAGAAUAUCUUUAUGAAAAUACAGGAAAUAUUUGAAAAAUAGGCUAGAAAACUCACUAUUAAAAUAUAUAAAAUAUAAGAACAUCUGUUCAUCAAAAGUACUAUAGUUUGAAUAGCAGUGUCUCCUCCAAAAUUCAUAUUGAAACUUAAUCCCCAUUGUAACAGUACUAAUCCUAAAACUAAGUAUUAAGAGGUGUGACCUGUGGGAAGUGACUAAGUCAUGAGGGGUCUUUCCUCAGUUAUGGGAUUAGCAUCCUUAUAAGAGGCCUUGAGAUGGAAUGUAGUGCCCCCUUGCCCUCUUGCAUUCUCCCAUGUGAGGACACAGCAACAAGGCACCAUCUUGGAAGGAGAGAGAAGCCCUCACCAGACAACAGUGCACGUGCCUUGAUCUUAGACUUCCCAGCCUCCAGACCUAUAAUAAAUACAUUUCUGUUCUUUAUAAAUUACUUGGUCUCUGGUAUUUUGUUAUAGAAGCACUAAUGGACUAAGACAAAAAGAUUCCAUUAUGAAAGUGAAAAGGCAACCGCAGAGUGGCAGAAGCUUUUGGAGAUGAUGAAUAUGUUUACUUCCUGGAUUGCGGUGAUGAUACCAUGAGUGUAUACAUAUGUGUGUAUACAUAAUGUAUACAAAUUGUGUUCACUGAUUAUGUACAGUUUCUUUGUAUACCAAUUAUACCUUAAUAAAGCUAAGGAAAAAAAAAAGAAAAUCCAGAAUAAAUAUGCAUGGUAUGACCCACUUAUUUAAAAAAAAAAGAGGGAAUGCGAAGCAGUGGUUUUGGUGCGAACACAAAAAUUCUGGCUUCAACAGCAUUUAAGUUCCCAAACCAAGCAUGUUUAUGUUUUAAUUCUUUGUGGCCAUAAAUUGUACAGCUCAGGCCUUUAUAAUCUCUCAGAUUCUGUGAAUGUGGGGAAUUAGUUUUACUCACAAAAAGUUUUGUUCUUGGGGAUAAAUUUUAAAAAAAAAUUUUUGUAUAGUUAGCACACUGAGAAAAUACAGACAAAGGCAUACAGAUGCAAGAAAUGAGGUAGCUGAAUAGACCAAAGAAUGAUAUAGGGCCCAGAAGGUAGGCAAAGAGAAAGUUGUUGGGUUUAUGGUUACAAGUAAACUAGCAGUUGUGGUGCAGAUAGUUUUAUUUCCCCCACAUUAAUCUGAACAGCCCAUCCAGACUUAAACACUGCUUUUUGCAUUUACUUCUAGGCAGGAAGACAGGGUUCUGAUGGUGUGAGUCUCCUUCAACUCAGCAAACCACCUUGGUCUGCCUCGAGUUUCCAACACCCCUCCGGCCUGCUAGUGAUAGGUGUGAGGCAGGUUGAUGAACAUGGAACUUUUUUCUUUUGGUCCCAAAGCAUGCUACUCCUGGAGUUUCAUUCAGUGAAUGAGAACUAUAGUUUGGUUCUGUGAGAUCUCUAUGAAUCAAGGCGGCCACUGAAGUGGAGAAAAGAAAUGCUUAAAUGUUAAGAAAGUUUGAAGUGCAGAAAAAGGUUGAAUCACUGGACAAUGCCACAUACUUUGUGGAUGGUGUGGGUCUUGGGGGUCAUCAUCAGCCUCUCCAAGGAAGAAUCCUCCAAUCAGGCUUCUCUGUCUUGUGACCGCAAUGGUAUCUGCAAGGGCAGCUCAGGAUCUUUAAACUCCAUUCCCUCAGGGCUCACAGAAGCUGUAAAAAGCCUUGACCUGUCCAACAACAGGAUCACCUACAUUAGCAACAGUGACCUACAGAGGUGUGUGAACCUCCAGGCUCUGGUGCUGACAUCCAAUGGAAUUAACACAAUAGAGGAAGAUUCUUUUUCUUCCCUGGGCAGUCUUGAACAUUUAGACUUAUCCUAUAAUUACUUAUCUAAUUUAUCGUCUUCCUGGUUCAAGCCCCUUUCUUCUUUAACAUUCUUAAACUUACUGGGAAAUCCUUACAAAACCCUAGGGGAAACAUCUCUUUUUUCUCAUCUCACAAAAUUGCAAAUCCUGAGAGUGGGAAAUAUGGACACCUUCACUAAGAUUCAAAGAAAAGAUUUUGCUGGACUUACCUUCCUUGAGGAACUUGAGAUUGAUGCUUCAGAUCUACAGAGCUAUGAGCCAAAAAGUUUGAAGUCAAUUCAGAAUGUAAGUCAUCUGAUCCUUCAUAUGAAGCAGCAUCUUUUACUGCUGGAGAUUUUUGUAGAUGUUACAAGUUCCGUGGAAUGUUUGGAACUGCGAGAUACUGAUUUGGACACUUUCCAUUUUUCAGAACUAUCCACUGGUGAAACAAAUUCAUUGAUUAAAAAGUUUACAUUUAGAAAUGUGAAAAUCACCGAUGAAAGUUUGUUUCAGGUUAUGAAACUUUUGAAUCAGAUUUCUGGAUUGUUAGAAUUAGAGUUUGAUGACUGUACCCUUAAUGGAGUUGGUAAUUUUAGAGCAUCUGAUAAUGACAGAGUUAUAGAUCCAGGUAAAGUGGAAACGUUAACAAUCCGGAGGCUGCAUAUUCCAAGGUUUUACUUAUUUUAUGAUCUGAGCACUUUAUAUUCACUUACAGAAAGAGUUAAAAGAAUCACAGUAGAAAACAGUAAAGUUUUUCUGGUUCCUUGUUUACUUUCACAACAUUUAAAAUCAUUAGAAUACUUGGAUCUCAGUGAAAAUUUGAUGGUUGAAGAAUACUUGAAAAAUUCAGCCUGUGAGGAUGCCUGGCCCUCUCUACAAACUUUAAUUUUAAGGCAAAAUCAUUUGGCAUCAUUGGAAAAAACCGGAGAGACUUUGCUCACUCUGAAAAACUUGACUAACGUUGAUAUCAGUAAGAAUAGUUUUCAUUCUAUGCCUGAAACUUGUCAGUGGCCAGAAAAGAUGAAAUAUUUGAACUUAUCCAGCACACGAAUACACAGUGUAACAGGCUGCAUUCCCAAGACACUGGAAAUUUUAGAUGUUAGCAACAACAAUCUCAAUUUAUUUUCUUUGAAUUUGCCGCAACUCAAAGAACUUUAUAUUUCCAGAAAUAAGUUGAUGACUCUACCAGAUGCCUCCCUCUUACCCAUGUUACUAGUAUUGAAAAUCAGUAGGAAUGCAAUAACUACGUUUUCUAAGGAGCAACUUGACUCAUUUCACACACUGAAGACUUUGGAAGCUGGUGGCAAUAACUUCAUUUGCUCCUGUGAAUUCCUCUCCUUCACUCAGGAGCAGCAAGCACUGGCCAAAGUCUUGAUUGAUUGGCCAGCAAAUUACCUGUGUGACUCUCCAUCCCAUGUGCGCGGCCAGCAGGUUCAGGAUGUCCGCCUCUCGGUGUCAGAAUGUCACAGGACAGCACUGGUGUCUGGCAUGUGCUGUGCUCUGUUCCUGCUGAUCCUGCUCACGGGGGUCCUGUGCCACCGUUUCCACGGCCUGUGGUAUAUGAAAAUGAUGUGGGCCUGGCUCCAGGCCAAAAGGAAGCCCAGGAAAGCUCCCAGCAGGAACAUCUGCUAUGAUGCAUUUGUUUCUUACAGUGAGCGGGAUGCCUACUGGGUGGAGAACCUUAUGGUCCAGGAGCUGGAGAACUUCAAUCCCCCCUUCAAGUUGUGUCUUCAUAAGCGGGACUUCAUUCCUGGCAAGUGGAUCAUUGACAAUAUCAUUGACUCCAUUGAAAAGAGCCACAAAACUGUCUUUGUGCUUUCUGAAAACUUUGUGAAGAGUGAGUGGUGCAAGUAUGAACUGGACUUCUCCCAUUUCCGUCUUUUUGAUGAGAACAAUGAUGCUGCCAUUCUCAUUCUUCUGGAGCCCAUUGAGAAAAAAGCCAUUCCCCAGCGCUUCUGCAAGCUGCGGAAGAUAAUGAACACCAAGACCUACCUGGAGUGGCCCAUGGACGAGGCUCAGCGGGAAGGAUUUUGGGUAAAUCUGAGAGCUGCGAUAAAGUCCUAGGUUCCCAUAUUUAAGACCAGUCUUUGUCUAGUUGGGAUCUUUAUGUCACUAGUUAUAGUUAAGUUCAUUCAGACAUAAUUAUAUAAAAACUACGUGGAUGUACCAUCAUUUGAGGACUUGCUUACUAAAACUACAAAACUUCAAAUUUUGUCUGGGGUGCUGUUUUAUAAACAUAUGCCAGAUUUAAAAAUUGGUUUUUGGUUUUUCUUUUUUCUAUGAGAUAACCAUGAUCAUAAGUCUAUUACUGAUAUCUGAAUAUAGUCCCUUGGUAUCCAAGGGAAUUGGUUGCAGGAUCCUCGUGGAUAUCAAAAUUCAUAGAUGAUCAAGUCUCUUAUAAGAGUGGCAUAGUAUUUGCAUAUAACCUGUGUACAUUCUCCUGUAUACUUUAAAUCAUCUCUAGAUUACUUAUGAUACCCAAUACAAUGUAAAUACUAUGUAAA